GGGGCUCCGCCGUGCCACAGAGACGAGCCGCGGCGGCGGCAGACACAGCCCCGGAGCGGGGCUGCGCCGCGGGUAGGCGGCGGAGCAUGGAGGAGGAGAUGCAGCCGGCGGAGGAGGGGCCCAGCACCCCCAAAAUCUACAAGCAGCGGGGUCCCUACAGCGUCCUAAAGACCUUCCCCGGGAAGCGGGCGGCGCUGGCCAAGCGCUACGAGAGACCCACCAUGGUGGAGGUGCCCCGCGGGCGCGGAGCGGGGCAGCCCUUCCCGCACGCCGCCGAGCCGCUGCCCUACGCGCCGCACGGCCCCUUCCCCAACGGGCCCGCCCACCCCGCCGCUGCCCCCGGCGCUGCCCAGGGCCACCCCCGCCCGCCGCCGCCGGCCCCGAGCUCCUCGGGCCGCUACGGCCCCUGCCCGGCGGCGGCGGGGGGCGGCGGCGCGGAGAUGAGCGCAGAGAGUCGAAUGAUUCUGGAUGCCUUUGCUCAACAAUGCAGCCGGGUUCUAAGUCUCUUAAAUUGUGGUGGAAAACUACUGGACAACAAUCACUCUCAGUCCAUGAUUUCUUGUAUAAAGCAGGAAAACCCAAAUUAUAGUGAAAGACAAGAGCAAUGUCAGCUCGGGAAAAUGGUCCAUAGUCAGACGUCAGACAUUUUAGAUAUAGAGAUGCAGUAUAUGCAAAAGAAACAACAAACCUCAGCCUUUCUGAGAGUUUUUACUGAUUCCCUUCAGAACUAUUUGCUUCAAGGGAGCUUCCCUUCUCAGAACACCUCAUCAAUAAAUGAUUUUAGCCAUUUGGCAGAUGUGGAUCCACUUUCAGCCUCUCCAGUACACACUUUAGGUGGAUGGACAUCUCCAGCAACAUCGGAAUCUCAUGGUCACCCAUCAUCUUCUACACUUCCAGAGGAGGAAGAGGAGGAAGAGGAAGAAGGUUACUGCCCUCGGUGUCAAGAGCUGGAGCAGGAGGUAAUUUCAUUGCAACAAGAAAAUGAAGAGCUUCGUAGAAAGCUGGAGAGUAUUCCAGUGCCCUGCCAGACGGUUUUAGAUUAUUUGAAGACUGUACUUCAGCAUCACAACCAGCUCAUGGUACCACAGCCAACAGACCAUCCAACCGAGGGAAGUAAGCAGUUGCUGCACAACUACCCUGUCUACAUCACUAGUAAACAGUGGGAUGAGGCUGUAAAUUCUUCCAAGAAAGACGGACGACGGCUCCUUCGCUAUCUCAUCAGAUUUGUUUUCACAACCGAUGAGCUUAAGUACUCAUGCGGCCUUGGAAAAAGGAAAAGGUCAGUGCAGUCAGGAGAGACAGGUCCUGAAAGACGUCCUCUGGAUCCAGUUAAAGUAACAUGUCUCAGAGAGUUCAUUAGGAUGCACUGCACGUCCAACCCCGACUGGUGGAUGCCGUCGGAGGAGCAGAUCAACAAGGUGUUCAGCGACGCGGUGGGACACGCGCGCCAGGGCCGCGCCGUCGGCACCUUCCUGCACAACGGCGCCUCCUACUAUGAGGGGACGGAGCACCCGGGCUCGCAGGACGACAUCUUCAACAGGGGCAUGCAGGAUGGCUCUGGAGACUGAUGGCAGCGAGCACCGCAUCGUACAGCAGCAGCAACCACUUAACUUAGGGGAGACUGUUUGUCAAACAUACUUAACCCUGCUGUCAUUUAGGAGUCCAAAGCAUGUUUGAACAUUUUCAAAUUUCAGCUUCCCCAUCCUACCAUAUCCCAGUUAACAGAAAGAAAUCCAUUUCAAGACCUGCUUUAUGGGACUUCUCAGUGCCUAUUAUUUCCAAACCUUUCAUAGCACACUCAAAGGGAACGUGCAAUUCAUUUCAUCCAGUUGUAGAAGAAAGGUCAUUUAAAAACUAUAAAAAUGUCAAAAGAAACAGCAGCUACUAUCUCUUCAGCCUAUUGAUAACAUUCCCAGGCCUGGACUCAGAGCAGCUAGGUGCUAUUUGCUUUCCCUGACUAGAAGAUUUAACUGCAAGUCUGCACACUUACAACAAAAAAAAAAGAAGUGGUUUCCCAUUUGUUAACAGAAAAGAACAUAAUUAUGAAUGCUACCUUAAAAUACCACACAAGAUAGAAAAUCCAGGGACUUUCUUAGCCAACUCUGUCAGGAAAUUAAGCUUCCCGAGUAAAACAGCAGUACUCAUCAACAGCAGAAUCCUUCAAAGGCCCAGAACAAUAACAGGCACUUCUAACAGAUAAAAAUUGCAUUGUAUAUCAGAUAGACAGUAUAUUUAUCUAGAUUUCUGGAGGAUUAGAGUUGAUCAUGACAGUUUUCAUUAAAAUAAGAUUGCUAAAAACAAAUUGCCAUUUCAGAAGACAGAUUUUCCUUUGUCUGCUCCUAUUCCACAGCCAUAUUAUGUAGCUUUAGAGGUUUUAAAUUGCCUUUGCUUGUUUUCACUUUAAUUUGUGUUUUACAUCCAUCCCUUGGAAGAGGCGAGGCAACGUGCUGGUUUUGCUCAGCAUUGCAUUCAGGGAGGGGUUGGGCAAGAAGAGCCUGGUUCAGUGUUCUGUAGUAUGUAGACAUGGGAUCCAGACUGAGAGCUGUAAGAAAAGAGCUGUUGGAGCGGAAUUCACAAUUCACUCAACACUGGAAGCAGAUAUUAGCUUUAAAAACAAAAGUCAAUCCACACAAAAAGUUCAAUUUUAAAUGUUUAGGAGUCCAUUGUCCCUCUAAAUUGAUCCACUCCAGAAAUACGCAAUGCCAAAGAAAUGGUGCCCUUUCCUUUCCACAUCAGGGUGUUUCCAUCUCCUUACCUUUAUGUUCUCACUCAGGCCAGUGUUGGCAUCCUCCACAGCCUGAACCAGCUCUUCCUGAGGCAACAUUUCCCCACUGGCAGGUACAGGGAACUGUUUUUUGGAAAGAAAGCUCGCUUCACUUUUGACCAUCCUUAGUGCUACCUCAUCAGCAUUGACUCUCCUGAGCACGUCUCUCCUAUUCCCCAGCUUUCCUCACCGCCUUGUGCUCGCCACAAGCGUAGCUACUAAUGGCUCCUUUUACCCUUCUCCUCCCCUUCCCCACCUUCUCCCCGUGCACUGGGCAAGGCAGGAGGCACCUGGACCCUUCCUCAGAGGCAGCCUCUCUGCAUUCAGCUCACCCACCCAGGAGCUCCCUCCUGCCCUCUGCCUCCCCUUGCCCGUGGCUGUGCCUGGGCUCUCCUGGCCCUUGGGGCAUCUCGGGCCACGGGCUCCUCAUGCACUGCCACAGAGAGGACCUUGCUCAGUCCCUGUGUGCUGUAAGCCCUCAAACGUCCAAUACCUCUUGGUUCACUUUGAUUUUGGUGGUUUCUUUGAAAGGGGGUUGAAAGGUACUCAUUGGCCCCAAAAAUAAUUAAUUUAUUUUCUGAAAGUCAACUAGCAGUUUAGUCACACGGGACCUCACUAGACCAAGGGGUUUAGAACAGCAUUCCUUCAUUACAGGCAGGAGGUGACUUUUCUGGAGUGGUCACACCACACGGUGGCCUCUGGAGGAGAAAUUCAGUGUAUAGAAAUGUCACAGUACAGAUAUCCUAUAGUAGCUUUUCGGUGUUGAACUUACACUUUUUUAAAAAGAACUAUAAUAGAAGAUGUUACAUUGCUCAGAUGGUGUAAGUCUUGCUGGUCUAUGUUUAAUGUGGUGACACAUGCCAGAACUAUUUGGUAAAACAUGUCAGAACAUGUGAGUCAACAUUAUACUGUAAAUUUGUCCACAGCGAUAUGUAUCAUGCUGUAUUUUUGUAAACAUUGUGAUGGUUUCCUUUCAGAUGCUUAAUUGUAUGAUGUUUAUGAUAUAAACACUUUUUAACAGUCACAGAACAGAAUUACUGAACUGGACAGACCUUUCACUUAAUAACUGAAAGACUUGCUGAAAUAACUAGUAAGCCUAGCUUUAUUGUUAGUGUAAAAAGCAUAGCCAGCAUCCUGAAACCACUCACAAUCCUCUACUCUCAUUGUGCAAAAUAACCAAAAGUAUCAUUUCAUCCUGAAAGCCACUUCAGCAGUAAAAGUGGCUUUGCAGGUUUGGACCUUUCUUUAUGAAAAAAAUUUUGUCCUCAAUUGUUUAUGUGCACUGGCCAGUGACAUAAAUCAUGGUCACAGACAGGCAUUAACAGACACCACCAGCUCAUAUUUUUGUUCAUGUUUGCUUUUAAAAUAACAGAGUAUAAAAAUUUUUGUCAGUUGUCUGUUUUUAAUUGCCAUCAUGGCCACCUGACCCAGACAUUUCAUUUUAAAAAUCCCAAACAUCGCAAAACAACUUAUUCUAGUUAAUUUGUUCAUUAGGUGUUAUAAAUUCAUAGACGUUGAAACAUCUAAAUAGCUGCACUAUGUUAGAUAUGGGACCUGAAAUAAUAGAUAGCACAUAAGCCUUUGCAGAUAUCCAUAUUUAGGCAGUGUGCUUUAUAAGCCAGCACAUCCCUUCCCAGCGACAGAAGGAAACUGCUAUCUAUCAUGUCACUCCAGAAAGUCCCAGGAGGAUGGAGAUUCUUGUCUUAUCCUUCCACAUGCUUUAAUCUUACUGUCAUUUAUGUAUCUGCCUUCUCUCAAACUUUGUGUAGCAGCACCGCACGCCCAUCUGUGCCAACAUGCCUUCGCUAUAUUUUCUAUGACAAAUAUUUGUGGAGAAACUGUGAUUAAAAAAAAAAAAACAUUAAUCCUGAUAUUUUUAUUGUUAUGGUGUAGUUAAUUCUAUGAAUACUUUCUUAUGAUGAUUGUACUGUGUAGAGUAAGUACAGGUUAGGGAUAGACCUUUAUCAGAUAUUGUACAAAAGAAAAGUGCAUAGUGUAAUAUAGACUAGUAAGGGUUUUGUGACAAUUUCUAUAGGAUGUGUGAAUUGUUUUCUAUGUGGCAACACACAUUUCUUUUAAAGAAUAUAAAAUCUUAGAGAAUUUUUUAAACAGUCGAUAUUUUUUAAUUAUAAAGACAUUUGUUACCUACAGUUUACUAUUUCAGGUGUUAAUUCUAAUUUGAAUAUUGGUUUUAUUACUACAUACCUCCAGUUCCAUUUGUUCUGUUGCAUAAAAAUGCACAAUAAAAGUUAGUCUCUGGUUAACCUGUCUCUUUCUUUCUCUAGAGGCAAUCUUGU